AUGACAAAAUACGACUACUUCGUCGACCCCAAAGGCAUCAGCCGCAAACGUCACAAGUCCUCAGGUCGGGCCCGCCAAGAAGGCCCCUUCUCGCAACAAGAAGACUCGCAACAUAGCAAUUACGGAUCCUCGAGACGGUCACAGGGCAGCGGAGGAAUCACGCGAAGAUCAGGAAGUCGACUUGAAUCUCUAUUCGUUGGUUCACAAGAGAAGGAUAUCAGUGCUGGUCGAAGAGCAUCAGGAAGUCGACAUGAAUUUCUGUUCGCUGGUUCACCAGAAAGGGAUAUUGGAGCAGGGGGGAGAGCAUCGGAAUCUCACGUCCGCGAGUCUAUGCUCGCUGCGCCGCUGCAUAGGAGUGGUAGCCACGUGUCGGGAUCGGGAUCUCAGCGAGAGCGUGUCAGUACGCAUGGUAUAACCUUACCAGGUGGUAGCCAGCUGCUUCGUACUUCGCAGCGGAUGCAGAGUGCAGCGGCAGUUUCGCAACAGAGAGCUUCGGAGAUUGUUGCUUCUCAGAUGAGAGCUUCUCAGAUUAGAGACUCUCAGAUUCGAGCUUCUCAAAUUGCGGCUUCUCACAUUAGAGCUUCUCAGAUUAGAGACUCUCAGAUUAGGGCCUCUUAA